AUGAAUUCAACUUAUUUUACAACAAUACAAACAUCUAUUUUGAACUCAUCUACUAUAACUAUUGAAUCAUGGUUUAUUUCUCUCGAUAUUAUCAAUAUUAUAUUCCUUAUCCUGGUGAUCAUACUGGGUGUAUUAUUUUUAUUUAUUAUUAUAAUUGAUAAAACAUGUCAUACAGUUCCCGUGAUGCUUGUUGCAAACUCAUGUUUAGCUACACUUCUUUUUACAAGUGCUUCAUUAGGCAUGACUAUAUGGUCACUCAAAAAUGAUCUUGAACAAAUCUCAUAUCAAGAUUCACUUUGUAUCUUUCGAGGUUACUUCAGUCAUGUUACAAUAGCUGCACAAUUACAUUCCUAUUUAUUACAAGCCAUCUAUCGGUAUAUAACAGUUAUUUAUCCCACACGACUCUUGUGGCAAUCAAAACAGUUUCAGGGUUUUCUUAUCGGAUUGACAUGGGUGUUUGCUUUUAUAUUAGCUAUUCCGAAUGUUGUCACUGGUGAAAUUCAAUACAAUGCUGACAAUCAGAUAUGUGAAACACCGUUUCAUUUAUCUUUUGUAAUAAUUUAUAAUAUCAUUUAUGUUUAUUUCAUACCAAUGAAUGGUAUUAUGUCUAUUUAUUUUAAACUAAUUCUCUAUGUAAAAGAGAUAAAUAAACGUGUAACACCAGUUAAUACUGUAUCUCGUGCAGAACGAGAACUAAAAAUGGUUCAUCGAAUAGUUGUACUUGUAUCGAUAUUAUUAACACUCGGUAUACCUUAUACAAUCUUCAUCUUUAUUGGAUUUUUCACUCAACCACCUAAAUAUCAUUUUCGUAUUGCUUUUACAUUUGUUUAUAUUUCAUUGGUGUUUAUUAUGAUUACAUUAUUUCAGUUCACUGAUCCGGUGAAGACAUAUAUCACGAAAAAACUAAAGCGGCAAUCGAACAUAAUUGCAACAACAACAGUACAUACGAUUGAAAUCAGAUAG